ACAAUUGGUUCGAGGAAUUGCGAUUUUGGUAUUUUUCAUUGUUAGGGAAAUCAAUUGCAGCUGGUGAAGUAAAAUUCUUGUCCAGAAUCGCAGCGCGAUCCAAUAUGGACACCGACGAUGAUUUCACAUUUUGUCAGGUUAGUUCGCAGGAGGGUGUUGAAACAAAGAAGCUUGCUUCGGAUAUUGCUGAUAUUUCCAUAAAAGAAGAAUCCUCAAGUUCUCCCACUACUAGUAGUAAUCAAGAUGGUGGUUUCUUGUGGAAGGAUGGUUUUGCAAAUAAUUCGGACUCUAUAAAGGAGGACAAGGUUGGUUCUUUGUCUUUCACCGUAACCAGUGCGACUUCACGUCAGCCGAAUGAAUUGAACAAGAAAUCAGUUCUGACUGAUGGGAUGAAUUCGAUUCAGAGGUCUCCAGAACUGAAGAGUCCUGUUGCAAAGCCGGCAGCUCGGACCAAAGUUCCUUUUGAAAAAGGAUAUAGUCAGAUGGAUUGGCUUAAGCUUACUCGGACACAUCCUGACCUUGCAGGCUUAAAGGGACAAUCAAAUAAGAGACUUAUUCCAAUGGAUGAAGUUAGAAAGCACCAAACAGAAGGUGAAAUGUGGACUGUUUUAAAAGGACAUGUUUACAAUAUAUCUCCAUAUAUGAAGUUUCACCCUGGAGGUGUUGAUAUGUUGAUGAAGGCAGUGGGAAAAGAUUGCACAUCUCUCUUCAAUAAAUACCAUGCUUGGGUUAAUGCCGAAUUCUUAUUGGAGAAAUGCCUUGUGGGCACCUUAGAUGAAAGUCGUUAAAGAAAUUAACAGUUGUAUACAGAUACUAAAUUAUCACUAGGUCACAUUAUUUAAAAACUGCACUCCAAUCCAUUACACCCCUUCAUGAUCCCUUUUCUGGUCAAACCACCAAGACAAUAGUGGAAUGAGGAAUAAAUUCAUUUGUGAAUUUGUUUAUAUUUAAAUAAUUCCAAUCGGAAGUUGCUGGGAAAUGGAUCCUCUCAAUUUUUUUAUAAAGUGUGAUCUUUCACCAUUCAACGUUUUUUCUCAUUUUUUCUCUUGGUCCUACUUAAAGAGUUUAUGGUAAAAGAUCACACAUUACAAGAAAAUUGAGAGGAAAAAAUUGAGAGGAUCCAUUCUUAAUUUGCUGUACAAUGAUGGACAGUGCAUUUGUUCUCCAAACUUGAAAUCUUGAUUGUCAUGUAACAUUUCAUAAGUGAUUACUGACUAUUGACUUUGUUCAGUAA